AGGUGGCACUGGCGUUCCAGCCGCGCCUUCGCUCAUGGGUCACGCGCGUCUGCGAGCCGUUUCUGUGCCCCUUUGGCGGUUCCUGCGAAGUGAGUUGUUACGACCACGGGCUCGGCGGGUUUCAGGCUGGAUCAUGGAUCCAGGUGCCUUGUAAGCCCGAGCGGCCUUUCUUAUCGCACUGGGAAAAAGGACGCGUGGACUUUUAACACGCAACCACUGACGAGUAGGCUUAGAUGUUGCCCCGGUGUAGCGUUGUGUAUCGCACGCCUCCGGCGACGUUGACAACAGGAUGCAGAUAUCGACAGACUCUUUCCCAUUCAAGUUGGGCACCCGGCGCAAUGUGCUCCAGGUGAGCGACGCUUCUCCGGAACAAGAAGCCAUGGGCUCCGAGUCGAGACUGAAGCGCGCCGGCAGUUCGUUCGUCUCUUAUGUGGACCUCGGUGUUGGCGAGCGGUCGUCUGCACGCCCACCCGACGCAGCGCCUCCUCCACCGGAUCUCAUACCGCAGGUGACACUGAAACCCGUGUUGUGCGACGGCGAAGUGGUGGUGACCGAGGUAGACAACGUGCUCAAGUUUAACACGUUUAGUGACCUGCGUAACGGCGUAUCAGGCGUACUUUUUUGCACUAACUUCAAGUUGAGCUUCGUCACCAUGGACACAAGCGGCGAACGCAAGCCCCGAGCGCUCUGCGCAAACCGCGUAUUGGGUGAAAACGACAUUGGUCUCCUGAACGUGGAAGCCCUGUUUCAACUCUCCGGGGGCCGCCGCAAGCGGCUGUCGCCACAGGCGGCCGCUGCGCAGUCCGUCGAGGUGCUGCAGGUCCACUGCAAGGACAUGCGCAUUUUCACAUUUUCGUUCAAGUUCUGUCAAAGUGACCAAUGCAGCGCCAAGGUGCUGCAGUUCCUUUCGCGACACGCGUUCGUCUCCAGUUUGGAUAAGCUGUUCUGCCCGCGCGGUGGCUCGAUCGGCAAGCGCGAACCGCCUUUCGAGAGCGCCCACGAGUGGGACGCCGAGCUUCGACGUUGCGCCGCCUCGAAGUUGUGGCGAGUGACCGAGCUGAACGAGCGUUUUCGCCUGUCGGGUGCGCUUCCCGGCCGGUUUGCGGUUCCGCGCCGUCUCGUCGACUGCAAGCUAGAACGCCUAGCGCAACACUUCUGCGACAAGCGUGUCGUCGCCUGGUGCUGGAGCCACGCAAGUGGCGCGGCGCUAGUGCGUGGUGCCGCCUCCGACACGGGCUCCGAAUCGGCGGACGCCGAGCGGCUGCAACUACUCGUCCAGUGUCUGGGCGCAGAGGUCCACUUGGUGAACCUGGAUCUUGAGUGCCCAAUCGUUCGCGAAGUUGGUUCCAGCUAUCACAAGCUACAGGCGCUCUGCAUGCCAGCUGAUGAAGCGGAGUUUCUUGAGCAAGAGGCGCGUUUCUACGCGGCACUCGAGUCGACCCGUUGGUUGGAGUGCGUGUCAGGUUGCCUUAAGGUGGCACUCGCAGCCGCCAAGGUGAUAACAGAACGCAGAAAACACGUCCUGGUGCGUGAACAGACAGGCGCUGACAUGACUUGUGUGGUUGUCAGCCUGGUGCAGAUUUUUCUCGACCCUUACUAUCGCACACAGGCGGGCUUUCAAACCUUGGUUGAUAAAGAGUGGGUAGCUGCAGGUCAUCCGUUUCCAGAACGCCUGGACCAUCUGGGUCAAGGACGUGCAUCACCAGAAGCAGCACCGCUGUUUCUGUUCUUCCUCGAUUGUGUCUGGCAGCUUCAGACACAAUUUCCUGCAGUGUUCGAGUUUUCCGAGUCAUAUUUGACUAACCUUUGGGACUGCACUCACGUGGGCAUCUAUGACACGUUUCUUUUUGGGAACAACCGGCAGCGAUGGGAAGUGUUGAAGGUACAGCCCUACCGCAACGUGUGGGAUUGGGUUGGUCCACAGUCACGCCUUUCUCCACAAGACCUGGAACUCUUCAAGAAUCCAUUGUAUCUGCUUCAGCGGUCCAAGGAGUUGCUCAACACGAGAUCACAAGAGGGGGCUGGUGACCGAGGUGUACCAUCAUUUAAUGAAGAUCUGCUCUGCCUGGACCCCACAGUGAAGUCACUUUCAGUGUGGACACAGUGCUAUUACCGCUGGAUUCCGAAAGCAGAGGUGGUUAAUGGUGAUCCAGCAACUCUCUUCCUCCACAACGUUCGCGUGGCCAGGGAUAUAAACUUUUUGGCUGCUCAGAUUCGACUGCUGAGAGAACACCGCGAAGGUGGGGAGAUGGUGCAGCUGCGGCACCGACGUUUGCCCUCAGACGAGUACUUCUUUGCCAUCCAACGUAGUUCUGCGCGCCCUGGUGUAGCAAUAGACAGUCAGCAUCUUGUGACUUCUUCAUUUCCAUUUGCACCUCCAGGUCCUGUAGAUUGGGGAAGCUGCCAUGUGCCUUCAGUAGCACCACUUCCAGACAAUGACUAUGGAGACUUGGAUGACUAAAACAGUGACCUUAGUUUUCCUUUGAAGGGGGUCUUUUAAGUUAAUGGGCUUGUUUUGCAGAGUGCAGUGUCUGGUUUGGUUUCUUGCAAGGCACAGCAGGCACAUAGCUGCUGUAAGGGCAUCAGCCAAGCCAUCUUGGGGCAUUUCUUUAUCACUUCUUUGGCUGCUGUUGAAUGUUUAAAUUGAAAAUGUUCAUCACAGCAUGGGGUGCCAGAUAUUUGUUAUAUUAGGUACUCUUACAGCUGUGGAAAGUUGUUUGACACUCUGUUCUGUGAAAACUUUUUGGUGUAGUGGGUUUUAAUAGCAGCUAACCAAACAGCUCGGCAGCCAAAUGUUAAUGCCUUGUUUCCUUGAUUUUGCGUUAUUCUGUGUUGGGCAGGGAUUUUGUUUUGUUAGUUAGUCGUUCCCACUGGAGGCUGUGGUGCUGUAUUGUUUGUGAAAGUUUUUUCAUUUUUCAUGUUUUUAGUGGCUCCUGUCUCCAAGCUUGAACAUGUGCUUGGCACAGGGCAUUGUUGGGCUUAGAAGGAACGUACCGGUAACUUAUUGUACAAAUUGUUUAAGCUCCUGCUUGUUUACUAGUGGCGGUAUGUUGUGGCUGUUAAUAUGUAUAGAGAAUGUAUUUUUUGUUUGAAUCUGUUCCUAUGCUGUGCGGAUUUUAUUUGCAAGAAAGCUGAGAUGGUGCAACUUUUCUAUAUAUAUAUAUAUAUAUAUAUAUAUAUAUAUAUAUAUAUAUAUAUAUAUAUAUAUUGUCUUGAAGAAGCCACUCUUCUUGUAAUUAGUGUUGCCAGUAUUGAAAGUGGUGAUGCAUAGUCCUGCAAUAUUAUGCUAAAAUUAAAUUUACAAAGUAAACACUACUGUGAGAGACAGUAUCAAAGUAGGCAAUAUGUCCUCUGAACCAGCCAUGAUUUGCUGGUUUUCUAUGUUAUUAUGGCCCACAAGCAGCAUAUAUCGUUGCUUUUGCUUUUCAUUCUUUGAUCCCUGGGCCAAACUAAAUUCAGAAACUGUAUACAUUUUGGAUACAGUUUCUUAAUGCAAUGACAUUGUUCCUAGCUUAGAACAAUGGUAGAUCUUUUAAAGAAUUGGUGGUACUAUGUACUAACCAGUACUUGAAAAGUUGAGAAAGCAAGUUGUACUGUGAUGCCCAAAGAAAGCAGUAAAGAUUGGCCCUUGCAUGUGCAAUCUGGUCCUAUCGGUAUUAAGCAGGUCUCUGCUGUCAACCUCCUGUCUGUAUGAAGGAGGCAGACUUGAGGCCACUAUUACAAUGAAAGACGCCUAUGCUGUGAUAGUGCGUAAAGACACCAUGGUAUGAGUUUAUAGUUCUGCAUCUACAAACUUGUGCAACAGGUAUUGAUUUUUUUCACAGUAAUGCAUUUUAAUGGUGUAGUAAGCUUGAUAAUAUGUUUGGCACAGCACAGCUAUUCGCUUAAUUGAGCACUCUUGCAUGGCAUUAAGUCCUGUUGUACCUUACCUACAGCUGUCUGCUGAGAAUUUAGGCAUUCAUGUUGAUCAGUUCUCUUAGGCUUUUGGAAAUGUCGAUAAAGGUAGAGUAGUAACUCUGUGCAAACAAUUCAAUAUUUUAAACCAUGUGCAAAAGCUGCGGCUAGUUUGAUAACAUAUGCUUUGCUUCAAUUGCUGUAAGCUGCCAGCAUUGGUUGUGUGUGGGUGUCCUUGUGCUCUUUGUGACCACAUAAGUCUGCAGUAGCAAUUUGCUAGGCUACUGUAGAACUAUGUCGAGAUUGUACUGACUGUCAUGCCUUUUUAGGCAUGUUCAGAUGUACUGGCAAGCUGUGUAUCAUUUUGGCAUAACUGUUGCUGUUCCAUCUUUGACGAUCUAAUAUUGCAUCUUUACCGUCUUUUGAUACUGACAGGCAUUCAGUAUGUUGUCUUACAUGUUCAUGUAGAUUUUGACAAACGGCCUUUGCACUUCAAAAAUAGUUUUGUGAUACUAGCUUAGCUGAUCUAUAAGUCAAUGUGUGGGAUCCCAAGAGAAUGGAAGGAAAAAUUCCUAAGAGAUGGACCUACAAAAUAUGGCCAAAGCCAAGUUCGGUGCCAUACUGAUUGGCAACAAGUAUUAAAAUUGAGAUCAGAAAGACCAAAGCUAUGGAGGGCGACAGCUUUGCUUAUUGGAACCACUUGUUAUGCAUGCAGAAAAAAAAAAAAAAACUGAGUACAUGUACAUGAGAUAGACUAAGCUUGCCCAAAGUAAGCCUUGCAUUCUAUCUUAUCAGGGCGCAAUUAAUCAGAUUUGCAGCCCUGUAAGGAUACCUGUAGGGCGCAAAUUCUUUGUGCUGUUUAAAAGCAGGUCUAUAGUACUUGUCGAUCAGGCACUUUGAUAUGGGACCUGUGGGGUGCACCCAAGUGUGGAAUGAAUUAAAGAGAUUAUACAAUAUGC